UAUAACUUGCAGCGCCAAACACCUUCUUCUUCUUGUUAGCUUCCUAAUCGCUCUCCCACCUGCGAUCGCCUUCUCCGAGGAGGAACUUGCUCCCUCAGCCUUCUUCGUCCUUGUUUUUCCCCCACUUCAACAAUCAACCCUGAGCAAAUCCGUCGCUCUCGGCCUCGAUAUCAUCGAAGUCGUCCCUGCUGGCGGGGGCUGCACGAGCGCACUAAAAAAAGGUGCGCGAUCCUGCGUCCUCUGGGUGUCCGGUCCGAUCUUGCUGUGUACCCGAAUAAGAAUGGCUUCAGCAGCAACAUGUCUUCAUGCAACCAGUUCCAUCCAAGCUCAGGGAUCCAAGCAUGUCUUUCCACUGCAAAUGGUUUCUAAGGGCUUUAGCCUUGACAUGCAGCUCCGUGCAAAAAGAAAAAACUUUCCUGCAAGCUUGAAAUUGCAUGCGGUCCAUGCGUCAAGCUCACAUUCCUCCAUUGCUGAUCCGAUUGAAGUACCAUCAAACAACAAUUCUGGCGAUUCUGAGAAAAAAUCAACGGAAGCUUCACUAAUCCUGAUAAGACAUGGAGAGUCUUUGUGGAAUGAGAAAAACCUCUUUACUGGCUGUGUUGAUGUACCAUUGACUAAAAAGGGUGUGGAGGAGGCAAUUCAAGCCGGUAAAAGAAUAAGCAAUAUACCAAUUGACAUGAUCUAUACUUCUUCACUUAUACGUGCCCAAAUGACUGCUAUGCUUGCGAUAUCAGAACAUCGCCGCAAAAAGGUGCCAAUCAUCAUUCACAACGAGAAUGAACAGGCCCAGAAAUGGAGUCAGAUAUACAGCGAAGAGACCAAAAAGCAGUCCAUCCCUGUGAUAACAGCUUGGCAACUAAAUGAAAGAAUGUAUGGUGAGUUACAAGGUCUCAACAAACAAGAAACAGCUGAGUUAUUUGGAAAAGAGAAGGUUCAUGAGUGGCGUCGUAGCUAUGAUGUUCCUCCCCCAAAUGGUGAGAGCUUGGAGAUGUGUGCUGAAAGAGCUGUGGCUUAUUUUAGAGAUCAAAUUGUACCUCAACUCUUGGCUGGGAAGAAUGUGAUGAUUGCUGCACAUGGAAACUCGCUCAGGUCCAUCAUUAUGUACCUGGACAAAUUGACUUCUCAAGAGGUCAUCGACCUUGAACUGUCAACUGGCAUUCCUAUGCUUUACAUAUUCAAGAAUGGGAUGUUUGUUCGGAGAGGCAGCCCAAUUCCUCCUUCUGAAGCUGGUGUUUAUGCUUAUACCAGAAGGCUGGCUCUUUACAGGCAGAAGCUAGACAAGCUCGAUGAAAUGUUUGAAUAAGACGAUGAUGACAGGCUGCUGCUACUCAACACCUCGAUGGGUUCUCCCUGAAGUUAAGAAAGCUUCACCACAAUUGCAUUUUCCAGUGUCUUGAUUAGUUCCUGAAGUCUAGUAGAAUAAGUCAGUUUCUUCCCUUUUACUGUACAUUAAAGAGCUAGUUCUGUGGAACAUGGAAGAUCCUGCAACUUGCCAUUUCGUUUCUUUGUUUUUCUUUUGAUGAUUGAUGAAGAUAUAUGGUGGUAUUAUAUAGCUCAACUUCCAAGGAAUUUUUUUAGAUUGUAUAAUGGUAAAUCUACAAACACAAGGAUUCGCUAUUUGAUUAAUUCACUACUGUACUAUUUGAGUCAGAAAACUAAUGCUACAGCUCAUUUUUAUUAUUA